UUAACCCAAAAAAGGAAAACCUCAGUAUACUGAGAAGGGCACCCUCCUAUAUUUCCACAAAAAGUUAUUUUUCAAUUUUCCCUCCAUGGAAAAAUACGCUGAUAUCUGCUGGAUUCUGCUUCUUGCUUCCAAGUGCAUUACUUUCUCGUCCCAAAACGCCUUUUUGAUUCUGUUUUUUCUUUGCAUGGCUUGGUUAGCCAUGGUUCUUUGCUUCUGGGCACAUCCUGGGGGUCAAGCUUGGGGUAAGUAUUAUGGAAGCAAGAGAGGAGCCGGAACCAAACCCAUCCCAGGACCACGAGGCCUCCCGGUUGUUGGAAGCGUAAAACUCAUGGCUAACUUGGCUCACCACAAGCUCACUGCAGCUGCCAAGUCCUUUGGUGCUAAGCGGCUUAUGGCUUUUAGCUUGGGUGAUACCCGGGUCAUCAUCACUUGCAACCCUGAUGUGGCAAAAGAGAUCCUAAACAGCUCCGUAUUUGCUGAUCGUCCCAUGAAAGAGUCUGCUUAUAAUCUCAUGUUCAACAGAGCCAUCGGUUUCGCUCCUUAUGGAGGUUAUUGGCGAACUCUAAGAAGAAUCGCUGCAACACAUCUCUUCUGUCCGAAACAAAUCAGCUCCACCGAGGAACAGCGGUUCCAUAUUGCCACUCAAAUAGUUUCUUUGGUUUCAUGUCAUGGAGGAGGAAUAUUCCCUGUGCGGGAUAUUGUCAAGAAGGCAUCUCUCAACAGCAUGAUGUCGGCGGUGUUUGGUCGGAAAUAUGAACUGAGUUCCUCAAACAGCGAAACUGAAGAACUGAGCCGGCUCGUUGGAGAAGGUUAUGACUUACUAGGAAAGCUUAAUUUGUCUGAUCAUCUUCCGUGGUUAUCCGGUCUAGACCUUCAAAAUAUCCGGUCCAGAUGCUCAAAACUGGUCCCUAAAGUCAACCAGUUCGUGAACAAAAUUAUUCAAGAGCAUAGAAUUCAAUCCGGAGAAAGACAUGACUUCGUGGAUGUUUUGUUCUCCCUCAAAGAACCGGACAAACUAUCAGAUCAGGAUAUGGUUGCCGUUCUAUGGGAAAUGAUAUUUAGAGGAACCGAUACGGUGGCGGUUUUGAUCGAGUGGAUACUAGCCAGAAUGGUACUCCAUCCGGAAAUCCAAUCAAAGGUGCACGAUGAGCUGGAUUAUGUCGUCGGAAGAUCACAGCCGUUGAGAGAAUCGGACGUUCAAAAAAUGGGGUACCUGUCGGCGGUGGUUAAGGAGGUCCUUAGGUUACACCCACCCGGCCCACUUUUGUCGUGGGCCCGUUUAGCAAUCACAGACACCACUGUUGACGGUCAUCACGUGCCAGCGGGGACCACGGCCAUGGUCAACAUGUGGGCCAUUACCAGGGACUCUGAAGUGUGGGUGGACCCACUAAAGUUUUCGCCGGAGAGAUUUGUGCGGAAGGAUGGUGUUGAUGUGGAGUUUUCCGUUUUGGGAUCGGACCUGAGGUUGGCGCCAUUUGGGUCGGGUAGGAGGAGUUGCCCGGGAAAGGCAUUGGGUUUGGCAAACGUGACGUUUUGGGUCGGGUCGUUGUUGCACGAGUUCGAAUGGGUAGAAUCGGAUCAUGACCCGGUUGAUCUCACUGAGGUGUUGAGGCUCUCCUGUGAAAUGGCAAACCCUUUGAAGGUCAAAGCACUACCUAGGCGCAGAUAGAAGAAACAAAGAAAAUGGUCAAAUUUCA